AUGAGCAAUUCGAACAGCACGCUGACCCUGGCCGACAUCUUGCCGACGGACAUGAAGUCGUACGACAAGAACAGACCACCAAAACCGGGGGACAUGCCCACCAUCGUCUUCUUCCACGUCACCGUCCUCAGCGUCGACUCCAUCAACGAAGAAUCCAUGGUCGGCCCCUCGACACCCACGUACGUGGCGGACAUCUUCUUGGCGCAGAGUUGGAGGGAUCACCGGCUUCGAUUGCCCGAAGAAAUGACGGGAGAGUACCGGAUCUUGGACGUGAAAUGGCUGGAGAACAUUUGGAGGCCGGAUGUGUUCUUCAGAAACGCAAAGAGCGUCACUUUCCACGAAGUCAGCGUUCCCAACCAUUAUCUAUGGCUCUACUUGGACAAAACCCUCCUCUACAUGUCCAAGCUCACAUUGGUCCUUUCCUGCGCCAUGGAGUUCGAAGCCUAUCCGCACGACACGCAGAUCUGCUCUAUGAUGAUCGAAAGCCGUGAGUAUUCCGUCUUUCCCGAGAUUCCUAUUCGUCCUUCGGCGCGGAUGGAGUCGCAUGGACUGAGGCUCCGAUUCAUUGCAGUGUCCCACACGACGCAUGACCUGGUUUUUCGCUGGAACAAGACGGAUCCUUUGGCGGUGAACCCGAUCGAGCUGCCUCAGCUGGACAUCGCAAAGAAUUCUACCGAAGACUGCACCCUUCAGUACUCAACGGGAAGCUUCACGUGCAUAGCCGUGGUGUUCAACCUGAGAAGGCGAUUGGGCUAUCACUUGUUCCACACGUACGUCCCAUCCGCUCUCAUCGUCGUCAUGUCUUGGAUCUCCUUCUGGAUCAAACCCGAGGCCAUUCCGGCUCGAGUCACUCUUGGAGUCACAUCUCUCCUCACUCUUGCGACGCAGAACACGCAGUCGCAGAGUUCCCUCCCCCCAGUGUCGUACGUGAAGGCAGUGGACGUGUGGAUGUCCUCUUGCUCAGUGUUCGUCUUUGCUUCGCUCAUGGAGUUCGCCAUCGUGAAUCACUUCAUGGGACCCGUCGCCACGAAAGCCAUGAAGGGAUAUUCAGAUGAAGACCUCCGGUCCUUCUCCGGAUCCGAGAGAAAGAAGGACGGGGAUGAAGAUUCGUCGCGGAAGCGGCUGACAAGCAUUCAGAUCAUAUCCUCACCCCAGUAUGUGACCAUGUGCGAUGGAAAAGAAGUGGCCCUUCUCAUCGACAAAAUUUCUCGACUCUUCUUCCCUGUUUCCUUCAUCGUUCUCAACCUCGUCUACUGGACCACCUUUCUCAAAUGAAGACUUACACAAGAUAUUCCGAAUAAACUGAUAUUGUUUUGGGUCAGGAUGACGAUUUCUCCA